AUGCGGCUCUCAAAAUCGAUGUUGACCCUCCUGUUCCUCGCAUCAACCUCUCUAGCUCAAUCCAUAGGCUACACCUGCAACCCACACUGCAUAACGCCAACAAUCCCCACAACAAACCACAAUCUCACCUUCGGCACGCACUACGCAGUCCUCAAUCUCGAUCUCAUAGGGCUCGUUGCCAGCAUCGCCAACACGACCGCAGGUUCAGCCUUCAUCAACUCAACAGCAACAUGGAUCGACUUCAUCCACGCCCAACACCCACCUCCCCUGUCAAUCUUCUCCCGCGUGGCUUUCUCGGGUACCCGUAAAGCUGAGCUCGGCCCGAACUCGCCGUUCACGAAGGUCGCGGGCAGUGUGACUCCAGCGGAAUCGCAGAUUUAUCCGGCUUUCAAGGUCGAUGAGAAGGCUGGCGAUGUGGUUCUGGAUAAGAGUCGGUAUUACGCAGGCUGGGGCAACUCCCUCGAAACGAUCUUACAUGCGCAGGGGAUCGACACAGUUAUCCUAAGUGGAUUAACGACGUCUGGAGUUAUUCUUAACACCGUCUAUACGUUAUACAAUUUGGACUACAAAGUGUAUGUUAUUGCGAACAACACCAUUCAAACGCCGGGAAAUGUGGCCCCUGAAGUUUAUACAUCGAUACUGGAAGGUAUUAUCCCAACCUUGCCAGCGGACGUCAUUACGGUCGAGCAGGCUAUGGAUGCAGUGAAGAGGAGCGGUCCAGCAGUGUACUAG